GUUCCGCUGACGCAUAACGUUAAGGCACGACCUCUAGCGCAUGUAUGUCGCAUUCUGCCCUAUGAAUCUGGCAUCAUCCACUGUGUCGAUCUAUCGAAAAUGUUUUCACUUGUGAUUGGGUAGCGGGGAUAGCCGUCCAGAUGGUCUAGGAGACCUUGACUAAUUCCGAGAUGUUGCGCGGCGUUGAGAUGGACUUAAGAAAGAGCGACACCCGCCAUGUGCUCAGUGGCACCAGAACGGCAACUACCAUCCACUCACUCCUGUGUGAUUGCUUGCUUCCAUAAGAUCUAAAGCACCUAACGACAGUGCACCGCAACGCUCCGGUCUCAAGCUUCUCAGUUCCUGCACCACGCCAACAGCCAUAAUGUCCUACUUGUUUCGACAUUCAUCUGUAGGGACUGCCCUGCACUAUGGCCGCCAUCGCAGAUUCGACUUCUCCCGUUUCAAGGCCAAGCAAUUAUCAUCCUCUUCCUCGACCGACGAUGUGCCCGCAGCCAUUGCCCCCAAGGUCGCCUUCGGUGCCGAACUCAAACCUGAGCAAAGUGCAACUCUUGUCGGCUGGGAUGGACCCAACGACCCGAGCAACCCUCAGAAUUGGCCGAUGAAGGACAAGGUUCUCAUGACCUCCCUCAUUGGGCUGUAUACGUUCGCUGUGUAUGUCGGAUCAUCCAUAUACACACCGUCGCAGGAGGGUGUCCAAGAGACGUUCCACAAGUCACACAUCGAAGGCUCGCUGGGACUUUCUCUGUAUGUGCUCGGAUAUGGUAUAGGCUGCUUGCUAUUCUCGCCCAUUUCAGAGAUCCCGGCCAUCGGGAGAAACCCUCCGUACGCGAUAUCUGGUUUUCUCUUCGUUAUUUUGUGCAUACCUACAGCACUGGUUAACAACUAUCCUGGGCUGAUGGUCUUGCGUUUUCUGCUUGGCUUCAUGGCAUCGCCUUGUCUCGCGACAGCCGGAGCAUCGCUUGCCGAUAUCUGGACCAUGGCACAGUUCCCGUUUGCGGUAGCUUUGUGGGCUGCCACAGCGACAAUGGGGCCUGCACUUGGCCCAACCCUUUCGGCUUACGCCGUGCGCGAUCUCGGCUGGAGGUUUUCGGCCUGGGAGCUCAUGUUUAUCGCGGGACCCAUCUACAUCCUAAUGCUGUGCAUGCUGCCCGAGUCCUCAGCUGCUACGAUCCUGUAUUACAAGGCCAAGCGCCUCCGUGAAGAAACCGGCAACCAACACCUCAUGUCCGAGGCUGAGAAGAAACAGAAGAACCUGAAGGCCUCGAGCCUGCUGUUCGAUGCUCUUAUCAAACCCUGGGAAAUCAAUGCGCUCGACCCCGCCAUCUUGUUCACAACCGUCUACAUGGGUCUAUGCUACGGCACAUACUACUCGUUCUUCGAAUCGCUUCCACUUGUAUAUCCAGUCAUGUACGGCUUCUCUGCCGAAAGUACUGGGCUGGUGUUCCUCGUUGUUGCGCCGGCUGGCCUACUCGCGUUCACUGCGCACUGCAUCUAUCUAAAGUACCGUUGUUUCCCUCAUAUGAUGAACGGUACCUUUGGCGAGCUCGAAAACCAUCUGCUGCCUGGAUUGUUCGCAUCUCCCAUCAUCUGCAUCGGUCUAUUCAUGUUUGCUUGGACAGCGCGUUCGUCGGUGCAUUGGAUAGUGCCAACUAUCGGUCUGGGCCUCACUAUCUUCGGCACUUAUUUCAUCGCGCAAUCAGUCCUGCUCUACAUACCUAACAUCUACCCCCGGUACGCUGCCAGCAUAUUCUCGGCAAACAGCUUGUCACGAAGUCUAUUUGCGUUUGCGGCAGUACUAUUCUCUACGCCCAUGUUCAAGAGCAUAGGCAUUGACGGAGGUGUGAGUUUGCUUGCAGGUUUCAUGGUUCUGUGUACAGUUGGCAUGUGGGUAUUGUUCCGCUUUGGGAAGGCCAUGAGGGAGAGGAGUCGGUUUGCGGUGGGUUGAGAUGCGCUUUAAGUAUAAUCGAAGUAUGGAACUGUAGAGCUAGACUAUAGACUGCCUCUGCACUGAUGGUAAUUCACGAUAUACUGAC